UUGGAUAGGGUGUGCAGGGAUUCUAAGUUUAGAGACCAGAUCCGAAGAUUUCAGUCGCUGGGUCCGCCCUCGUACGCCACGCGUGAGGCGCGCCAGCGCUCCCGCGCGCCCCCCGCGGGCAUCCUAUACGCAUCCGCACGUCCGCACGUCGCUGCUCUCCAGUUCCGCUGUGAACCCCAACUGCCCAAGCCGAUCGACGCCGGCGUGCCUGAAACAGCGCAGACGGCGUGCUGCUCACCUGGGAGGAGCUAAGUAGCUGGCCAAGUCGAGUCGACACAGGAUCUCAUUCUCCGCCAGCUAGCCGGGGUCGCGCGCCUUGCGGGUGAGGAGGCGAGCGAGCUCACCAGCCAAGUCGAUCAUGGAGCCGCGGCCGCGCCCGGUGGCCGUCGCCGUCAACGCGCUGCUCUGCGUCCUCUCUCUCUGCGUGUCCGCGGCCGAGGCCGAGAACGUGACCACCUACGACGCCAAGAACUUCGGCGCUAAAGGCAACGGGGUCGACGACGAUACCAAGGCGCUGGUGGCGGCAUGGAAGAAAGCGUGCGGGACGCCUGGCACGGUGACGCUGGUUAUCCCGCCGGGGACCUACUACAUCGGGCCCGCGCAUUUCCACGGUCCCUGCGAGGCCCUCGCCAUCACCUUCUUCCUCCAGGGGGUGCUCAUGGCGGCAACGGAUCUGAAGCGUUUUGGCAAUGACUGGAUUGAGUUCGGGUGGGUGACAAACCUCACCGUGGUCGGCCAGAACGGCGGCGUCAUCGACGGCCAGGGCGCCGCCUCCUGGCCAUUUAACAAGUGUCCCGUCCGAAAGGACUGCAAAGUCCUUCCCACCAGUGUGAUGUUCUUGAACAACCAGAAUACGGUGGUGCGUGACAUCACGUCGGUGAACAGCAAGUUCUUCCACAUCGCGCUGCUGCACAACAACAACAUGAGGAUGAGCAACCUCCGGAUCCACGCGCCGGAAAACAGCCCCAACACGGACGGCAUCCACAUCGAGCGGAACACGGGCGUGAUCAUCUCCGACUCCCGCAUCGGCACCGGCGACGACUGCAUCUCCAUCGGCCAGGGGAACCACAAUAUAUACAUCGCCCGUGUCCACUGCGGCCCGGGCCACGGCAUGAGCGUCGGUAGCCUCGGCCGCUACGUCGGUGAGGGCGACGUCACUAGCAUCCACGUCACCGACAUGACCUUCCAGGGCACCAUGAACGGCGUCCGCAUGAAGACGUGGGAGAACUCCCCUACCAAGAGCCUCGCCGCGCGCAUACUGUUCGAGAACAUGGUGAUGAAGGACGUGCAGACCCCCAUCAUCAUCGACCAGAAGUACUGCCCUUACUACAACUGCGAGCACAGGUACGUCUCCGGGGUCACCAUCGAGGACAUCAAGUUCAAGAACAUCAAGGGGACGUCGACGUUGCCCGUGGCCGUGCUGCUCCGGUGCGGCGUGCCGUGCCGCGGCGUCGUGCUGCAGAACGUCGACCUCAUCUACAACGGAAAGGCAGGCACCUUGUCACACUGCGAGAACGCCAAUGCCACCUACGUUGGCUACCAGCACCCAGAGCCAUGCGCCUAGACGUACGGCCAAUUGGGUCUCCUUUUUCUUCUUCUCUUCUAUCUAGUUAGUUAGCGUUUUCUAGACGAUUUUGUUGUUUCUUGUUGCUUAUAUAUAGGACCAUGAAAUAAUUUUAUUUAGUUCACAAUAAGUUAGUUCUAAUACACACGAGGCUACUGGAAGAGGAUCUCUAACUUAA